CACGUACACUUAUCAUCCAUCAAAAACAAACCUGGAGAAGAGAGAAAGAGAAGGAAAACUCCACGACAAACGACGGAAAAAUCGAAUUUACUAAAUUUCUUGCCUGAAUUUGCGUUUUCUCUUCGUGUAAAUCAAUCCUUCCGAUCAAAUUGCAGUUGAAACUGAAAUGGAUUCUGGAGCUGGACCCUCGACGGCCUCGUCUUCGAACGCGAGUUUCAAGGACAAGCAGGCAGAGAGAAUGAAAAAGUUGCGCGACCUACAUCAAAAAAGGAAUGAGGCCCGACAACAAAAUCAUCAUGAGGUGGUAGAGGAAAACAAAAGGAAAAAUCUUCCCAGCAACUUUGAAGCCAGAAAGCGCAGGGCUGAGUGGAUAUUGAAAGAUGAUGAUGCAAGGAAAGAAGCGCAGGAAAAGGGUGAAGACUUUGACAGAGUCAAACUGCUUACAGUUGGUGCUGACGAUGCGGCCAAAUUGGACAGGAAAAAGAAGAAAAAGAAUCCUGACCAAGGAUUUGCGGAUUACCAACAAGCCACAAUUAGGCAAUACACCCGUUUGGUAAAUAACAUGAAAGUCGAUCAUGAUCAAUACGAAAAGCAGAAGGAAAAGCUUGGUGAAGAUGUUUUCUACGGCAAACAGAACACCAUUUUGCAUGGACUGCACAAAGACUCCAAAGAAGGCAUUGAUCGCAUGGUCGAAGAUUUGGAAAAACAGAUUUCCAAAAGAGAGAAAUAUAGUCGCAGGAGAAUGCACAACGACGAUGCUGACAUUGACUAUAUUAAUGAGAGGAACAUGAAAUUCAACACCAAGCUGGAACGCUUCUACGGAGAAUACACCACGGAGAUCAAGCAGAAUCUGGAGCGAGGAACUGCUGUGUGAAUGAUAAUGAAAAAACAUUCAAGCAAACUAUGUGUGUUAUACAAUUUGUAUAUUAAGAUUCAUGUUGGUUUCUUUUUUAUUAAUGUUAGUAAUUUAAGUUAGAAGUUUGUAAUGGAGAAGAAGGUACUGCAAAGAAUAAAGUAAUUUUUUUUUAUAAUUAAUCAUAAACAAUGAA